AUGGCUUGGCGCUACGCGGCUAUGGUGGGAGCGACAAUAGCGAUAGGGAUCGUCUUAUUAGUCGCAUCGGGUGAGAACAGGAAGAGAACUGCUCUCAUGAGCCGCGGAGAGAUGUGGAAUGCUCAAGAGAGCAGUUUGUCUCUGCAAGCAAACGAAGACCUGGCUAGUUCGUCUAGAGUUGGUAACAGUCAAGUCAAACUUGGGGGGAAGGUGAGUGAAAACUCCCUCAACGGUUUAGGUGGAGCUGUGCUGAUGUUGGAAUUCGAACUGACAGGAUCUGACCUGGAUCGAGUUGCUGAUCUUGAGAAGAACUUAGUUCGUAUUAAGAAGGAGGCCCUCGGUGCCAAGUCUGGGUUUGCACGGGACCUCAAAGAUGUUCAGAAAUCGUCUUUGAAGAUUACUGCACUCAAAGAAAAGGCUUUGAAGAUCAAGAUGCGAAUCAGGAGCCUCCAGAAUAAGAUUGCUACAACUCAGAAGAAGUCGCAUCAGGAGCUGCUAAAAUCGAUCGACGACAAGGAUAUGGUUGAUUCUGAGAGGGAAACCUUGUCAACUGAGUUGGCCAAGAGGACAUUGCACAACAUGCAGGAGAAGUACAAGGCAAGAGAUCAGGCCAUGGAAAAGGAAACUAACGCUCAAGUUUUGAAAGAGAAACAAGCAGAAGAUGAUGCGAAAAAGCUGGCUUCGAAGAAUAACGUGUAA